AUAGUGUCAGGGGGAUUGUUUUGCCCCAGGACGUGAAUCAAUAGCUGCAGCUGUUUCAGUGUAAGUGUGGGGGGUGGGGAGUCUUAGGAUGAACAUGAUGAAUGUGGGGUCCCACCCUUACUCACUGACCACUGUGCAGAACUAUAGAUAAGGCAGAAUAAAGGAAAGAAUUCCCUAUCCUCUCAAUAAUAUAUGACUUAUGGAUCUAAAGCUCGGAGACGGCAUUGGGUUUCACUGUUGUCAAACAGUAUAUGACGUACGAGCUCGUGAAUAGUGGAAUUCGUAAACAUACAAUGGAAGCAACUUCUGGCUUACCUAUUAUAGACUAUAAAGCUCCGUCAUUCCCGAAUCGAUAAAUGACAGGCAGGCAACUUCCGGCACAUUUCCGGAAGCCUUCUUCUCUCUGGUUACGCGACUCACUGGGCAUGCGCAGUCUGGAAGGGUAGCGGAAAACUCCGAUCCCCACAGAGCGUGCCAGCCUGAUCCAGCCCUCCCUAUGCCCUCGCUGAGCAACAAAUGGAAAAUUAAGGAACCCACAGAAGGCGUCCCAGUGCCCAUACCCAAGUGCCCCCCAAUAAUGAUCCACAGGAGGACAGAGAUACAUGAGGAGAUCCUGCAUCUGACCUUGGAGAUCAUCUAUUGGCUGACAGGAGAGGAUUGCACAGUUGUACAGACUCCUAAUGGUGUCUCGCCUGCCCACAGGCCCCUGGGGUUAGAAAGACUGACCCUUAUUAACAACCAGUCAGCGCCAGUUGAUAAAGAGGAGCUGAUUCUGAAACUUGCCAACAGAAUCAUCUGUCUGCUCACAAGAGAGGUUCCUGUGCGCUAUGAAGAUACUUCUGUGCAUUUCUCCGAGGAGGAGUGGGAGUAUGUAGAGAGACACAAGGAGCUGUACAGAACUGUAACAUUGCACAGUCCCCACUCUGGAGCCUCUCCAGAUUUGGACACAACUACACCUAUUGAGUAUGAGACCUGUGCUACAUCCCCGGAUUCUAUAAACAAAAGCGGCAGCACAAAAAGUAAGGAGAUAUCCUACUUGGCACCGGAUAAACCUGAGAACAGCAGCAUUCAAGAUGAGGGGAUAUCUAUUUUAUCAGUGGAUUGUAAAUCUGUGGGCCCAUCUGACUUUCUACAGGAUAAAUCAGAGAGCAGCAGCAUUAAAUAUGAGGUUGAAGCUGAUUUGGUACUGGAUAGACCAAUAAACAGCAAUGGUGCAUAUGAGGUGGUAUCGGACAUGGCACAGGAUAAACCAGGGGGCAGUAGCAUUACAUCUGAGGGUGCACCUAAAGAGAAACUAGAAAUCAGUACCCCUCCUAAUGACAAAGUAUCCAAGCUAAAUAAACGAGUAAAGCGCUUGAGCCAAUGUGCAGUAGAGACUGCAGACAAAGUGACCUUGUGCCAAGGAGGGAAUCUCAUGCACUCAGACAGUUAUACAUUUACCACUCCGGCACAGUCAGCGCCCUUACCCUUUUAUCCAGUGUUAUAUGUUAUUAACAAGGGUAUAGCAGUGCCAACUCCUGUAGGUAGCGAGAUCCCAUUGAGCUGCCCCGAGUGCCAGGCUUGUUUUGCCACCAGCACAGACCUCGGUGAACAUCAGUGUAUUCACAAACAAGAUGAGUUGACAUGUGCCGACUGCGGCAAAUGUUUUGUCAAUCGAUCCAGAUUUGUUAGACACCAGCGAUACCACAAACCUGAGAAAUUUAUCAUUUGUGUGGAAUGCGGAAAGAGUUUUUGGCAUAAAUCGAACCUGACCGCGCACCAGCGAAUUCACACAGGGGAGAAGCCCUUUACCUGUUCGGACUGUGGGAAAUCUUUUGCUACAAAUUCCCAGGUCCUUCGGCAUCGGAGGAUCCACACUGGGGAGAGGCCUUUUGCUUGUCUGGAGUGUGGCAAAUGUUUCACCACCAGCUCUAAUCUGGUGGAUCAUCAGACCAUUCAUACAGGGGUGAAGCCAUUCGCUUGUUCUGAAUGUGGCAAAUAUUUCAGAUCGAAAAGAUAUCUUUAUCGGCACUUGCAGGCACACACAGUGAAAGCGGGCGUAGUAUAACGGAACACGUACAAGUCAUGCACAGAUGUGUUACUUUUGUUAUUUAUAAGGCCAAUAAACCUUCUUCCAGAGAAGCAAUAACUUAACCAUAAUCCCUGGCAUAAACCAAUAAACCUCUUUGUUUCUCA